ACCACAUGAUGGUUUGUUCAUUCUCUUUGAUUUUGUUCUAAAUAUUUUAGCUGUUUUUAACAAAGGCUUACACAAGAAGGGAUUUUUAAUAAUGAUAAUUUUAAGCAAGUUUGUCGAUCCAGUUGCUGCUAGAUUGAAAGAAUAUAAGGCUAUACUGAAAAAGAAGUCUCUGCCAUUUGAAACCCAUAUGCUUUUGCACCACUGGCUGUCUAAAUGUUUAUAUGUUAAGCCAGAUGAAGUGGAGAAGAAACAACUGGCUGCGAUGACUUCAUUAACUGAAAGACAAAUCUCAAACUGGUUAAAAUAUGCCCGCCGACGUAUUUUACGUGAAAAGAUAAUGAUGAAAGAAAUAGAUCCCGUCCAGCUUGGUUUUAAUCAAAGUGGAAAAAAGAUGAAGCUAAGAUUUAAAAAUCUCAAAAAGCCAAAUUUUCUAAAACUUCCAAAAAAGCAAAAGUUUCAAACCUUUCCAAAAAGAAAGUCUACUGUUGCUCUAGGACAUCAGACCUCUUAUGAAUGCCCACCUCUUAAUUUGUUAGAUAAAGUUAUGACUAAAGAAUGUAUCUCUAAAAGUGGUGAUGUGACUCGGCCAUGUGUGACACUCGUACAUCUAGCGGAGGAUCUGAGUCUACUGCAGCUCCUGGCUGAUGUUGCCUCACAACGUAAAGAAGAAAUGGAAGCUGAAAAAUCCAAAAUGGAGGCGGCCUUCAUUGACCUUGAUCAAAAAGAGCCAUAAUUGAAUGGUUAUACAUCUCCACCUCCUGUAACCAUUCUGAAAAGGCAAAAAAAAAAAAAUCAGGGUUGUUCUAUGGGGGAGAGGAGGUAAUGUGUGUUUUUAAUUCACAUCCUUGGUUGAUUUAUGCAUAGCAUCUAUUCAUAGUAACAUCUCUUGUCAACUACCUCUGACAUGCCUGGUACCAUUUUUAUAUGCUGCAUUCUUUGUAAGUCAAGAGUUUCUAUGGCUUGUCUAAUCUGCUUUAUACAGACCUACUUUAAACAGUCUUUCUCUGGAGCUUCAAUCCGCAAUUUGGUUUGUUUUCUGUAUAAUAAAUAUGGUCCUCAAGGAAAUGAUUGUCUGCCUUGCCUACUUAUUUGGUGACUACAGCAUGGAAAGUAAAUAUGGUUCCGUUGAGUGAAUCAAUCUGCUUUUUCAACCCGUUAUGAUUGAUCUUAUGGCUAGUCUCUUACUUUCCAGCUGUACACCUGCC